CUCUGUUGGUUUAGCUAAAGCAGCUCUAGAAGCAAUUAAUGGAUUCAACCUUUUUGGCAACCAGGGCUGUUCUUGGUCAGUUAUAUUUGUGGAUCUUGAUGCUCACAAUCGGAACAGACAGACUUUGUGCUCAUUGUUACCCAGGGAAUCCAGAUCUCAUAACACAGAUGCUGCUCUGCUCCCAUGUAUCAGUUAUCCUGCAUUUGCCUUGGAUGAUGAAGUUCUGUUCAAUCAGACACUUGAUAAAGUAAUCAGGAAAUUAAAGGGAAAAUAUGGAUUUAAACGUUUCUUGAGAGAUGGGUAUAGAACAUCAUUGGAAGAUCCCAACAGACGCUAUUACAAGCCAGCUGAAAUUAAGCUAUUUGAUGGCAUUGAAUGUGAAUUUCCCAUAUUUUUCCUUUACAUGAUGAUUGAUGGAGUUUUUAAAGGGAACCCCAAACAAGUCAAGGAAUAUCAGGACCUUUUGGCUCCUUUGCUUCAUCAGACCACAGAAGGAUAUCCUGUUGUACCAAAGUACUAUUAUGUGCCAGCAGACUUUGUAGAAUAUGAAAAAAGAAAUCCUGGUAGUCAAAAGCGAUUUCCUAGCAAUUGUGGCCGUGAUGGGAAGCUGUUUCUCUGGGGACAGGCCCUUUAUAUCAUUGCAAAGCUCUUGGCUGAUGAGUUAAUCAGUCCUAAAGACAUUGAUCCUGUCCAGCGCUUUGUCCCACUACAGAAUCAACGUAAUGUGAGCAUGAGAUACUCCAAUCAGGGCCCACUGGAAAAUGAUUUGGUAGUUCAUGUAGCACUUGUAGCAGAAAGCCAACGCCUUCAAGUUUUUCUCAACACAUAUGGUAUUCAAACUCAAACUCCUCAGCAGGUGGAACCUAUUCAGAUCUGGCCUCAGCAGGAGCUUGUAAAAGCUUAUUUCCACCUGGGUAUCAAUGAAAAGUUAGGACUGUCUGGGAGGCCAGAUAGACCCAUUGGCUGCCUUGGGACAUCAAAGAUUUACCGCAUUCUAGGGAAGACUGUAGUUUGUUAUCCAAUCAUCUUUGACCUAAGUGAUUUCUACAUGUCUCAAGAUGUUUUACUGCUGAUAGAUGACAUAAAGAAUGCACUACAGUUCAUUAAACAGUAUUGGAAAAUGCAUGGACGCCCACUUUUCCUUGUUCUCAUCCGGGAAGACAACAUAAGAGGUAGCCGGUUCAAUCCCAUAUUAGACAUGCUGGCAGCCUUUAAAAAAGGAAUAAUUGGAGGAGUCAAAGUUCAUGUUGAUCGUCUGCAGACACUAAUAUCUGGAGCAGUGGUAGAGCAGCUUGACUUCCUUCGAAUCAGUGACACGGAAAAGCUUCCAGAAUUUAAGAGCUUUGAAGAACUAGAGGUUCCCAAACAUUCAAAAGUCAAGCGACAGAGCAGCACCGCAGAUGCUCCUGAACUGAAACAUCAGCCAGAUAUCACCGUUACUGAAUGGAAAGACAAAUCCACCCACGAAAUUCUUCAAAAGUUGAAUGACUGCAAUUGUCUUGCUAGCCAAACCAUCCUGCUGGGUAUACUGCUCAAAAGAGAAGGCCCUAACUUCAUCACAAUGGAAGGUGCUGUUUCUGACCACAUUGAAAGAGUGUACAGAAGAGCUGGCAGCAGAAAGCUCUGGUUGGCUGUGCGCUACGGGGCUGCAUUUACCCAGAAAUUUUCUUCCUCUAUAGCCCCUCACAUUACUACCUUUCUGGUACAUGGGAAACAGGUAACUCUGGGUGCCUUUGGACAUGAAGAAGAGGUUAUCUCUAAUCCUUUGUCUCCGAGAGUAAUUAAGAACAUCAUCUAUUGUAAAUGUAAUACCCAUGAUGAGAGAGAAGCAGUCAUUCAGCAAGAACUGGUGAUCCAUAUCGGCUGGAUCAUCUCCAAUAACCCUGAGUUAUUCAGUGGCAUGCUGAAAAUACGAAUCGGGUGGAUCAUCCAUGCCAUGGAGUAUGAACUUCAGAUCCGUAGCAAAGACAAGCCAGCCAUGGACUUGUAUCAGCUGUCACCCAGUGAAGUGAAACAGCUUCUGCUGGACAUUCUCCAGCCUCAGCAAAGUGGAAGAUGUUGGCUAAACAGGCGUCAGAUCGAUGGGUCUUUGAAUAGAACUCCCCCAGGGUUCUACGACAGAGUGUGGCAGAUCCUGGAGCGCACACCCAAUGGUAUCGUUGUGGCCGGGAAGCAUUUGCCACAGCAACCAACCUUAUCAGAUAUGACCAUGUAUGAGAUGAAUUUUUCUCUCCUUGUUGAAGACAUGUUGGGAAAUAUUGACCAGCCAAAGUACAGACAGAUUGUUGUAGAGUUACUAAUGGUUGUGUCCAUUGUGCUGGAGAGAAACCCUGAACUAGAAUUUCAAGACAAAGUUGACCUGGACAGACUGGUCAAAGAAGCAUUUCAUGAAUUUCAAAAAGAUCAGAGUCGGCUAAAAGAAAUUGAAAAACAAGACGAUAUGACUUCCUUUUACAACACUCCACCCCUGGGAAAAAGAGGAACCUGCAGCUAUUUGACAAAGGUUGUGAUGAAUUUACUACUUGAAGGAGAAGUCAAGCCAAGCAAUGAAGACUCAUGUCUGGUUAGCUAGUGAGGACGGUGUGGGAGGCACAGUUGAAAUACAUUUUCUAGCUAUGUGUUGUGUACUGAAGCUUGAUGCAGGCAGCCAUCAGUAGAUGAACUGAUCAUGUUGGUGAGAUAUUCACCGUGCUCUUUGCAGAGUUAUUGGACCUUUGCAUGCCGUUGCCAGCUCUAAUGGUAAGAAGUGGUUUUAAUCAAGUGAAACCUCAGUUUUCAUGAUUGUUCCAACUACUGUGAUCUUCACUGAACAAUAGAAUUUUUUUAGCUGAAAACUUCACUGCAUGUUUUAUGAUCAAAUGUUUCAUUAAAAUUCUGAGUCUUUGCUUCUUUAAACUGAAUUCUGACCUUCCUGCCAUUAGAAUGAACUUGCUGACUAGUGAUGCUUAAUGGGUGAGAAUCAUGAUGUAAUGGAAGAAUGGUGAGCAUUUUUUAAGUGCCAUUGAUUUUCAGAAGACACAUUAUAAUAUUAUGGUAUACAAAGCUAUUAGACCAUUUUUACCUUGUAAACAUGACUGUGCUUUUGUAUUUGUUCUAAGUAUAAGGUUGGGCUAAAAUACAAUGUAUCAAAUGUUUCAUUUGAGCUUCUGCUGAAUAUCAGAUUCAGGAAAUGUUCAGAAGUAUGUUAAAUUUAGGAUUGUUAGCCUCAUUGAAGCAAAAUUAAAAGUCAUAAGCUGCUGUUUGUGAACUAAUGAAUAUAUCUAGAUGCUCUGUUCAGGUUCACAACACUGAAUGUAAUAAUCCUAAUGUUUUCAUUUAAUUGAUUUGGACAUGGAAUUGGCUGCCAGAUUUACCUAAGUAUAGUAAUAAAAAUGGAAAGUGGAUUGAACAUUUAAAUCUUAUGAAUGGGUUGCCUCCCUACAACAUAUCACAGCUCAUUUGUUUGAUCCCAAAAGAUCCCACAGAGCAUCAUUUUUCUGUCCAGUAUUACAGAAUUUUCACCUAAGUAAUCAGACUUGUCAUGUAAAGUAUGUAGCCCAAUGUUAGUGUCUUGAAAGAUUAAGAAAGGACAGGUGAUUCUUCUAUGCAACAAGUCAAUUGAUAUCAAAUAAACAGUGUGUGAACCCACAGGAUGUCAACUCAGUCCAGCUCUAAGUUCCUAAAUCCUGCAUGAGAAACGGCAUGUGCAUUAGCUGACAAAACAGAAAAGUAUAAAUCUGACCUUAUAAAUUAGCUUAAGGACAGGAAUAUGACAAAGAGGAGACAUAAAUUAUUUGACUCAGUAUAUGAAGAGAUGUUAUGAGAAAAUGAUCCUGAGUGAUGAAGCCAGUCAUAAAACAGGCCAGAUAAAGCAAAUUGUGAAGCUGUGGAGGGAGAGUAAGCCUGAGAGUUCAUGGGUAGGAAACGAGAUUAGAGAGAGAAGGAAAAAAGCCCUGGAAACAUUUAAUACUUUUGAAAUUCAGAGGGAAAUAAAUACUUAUAUUCUUAAGAAUUAAAACUGUUUUUGAUUAGCUGAGCAAAGUUGCAGGAAAACUGCUGUCUUGGUUGAAAUCAGACAUCAUUUGCAAAUCUGUUUCCUGAGUGAGCAGUUAGCGUCCUGCCUCACUGUUACAUAUGCAAAAUGUUAACAUUUCCUUCUGCUACUUGAAAGCAUUCAAAGUGAGUAACACAUGUACCAGCUUCCUGCAUUAGGAAAUGCAGAGUUUAUUGUUUUGCAAGAUAUUUUGGGAUGAUCAAUAAACCUUGAUGCUCACCUACUCA